UCGCUCGUCCCACUUAUAAAGCCCCUGCAGGAGCAGCAGGCCAGCAGCUCUUCCUGGAAAGUGAGCAGCGAGCUGGAGAGUGAGAAGAGAUGGCCCGUGCUACAGCAGCUCAGCUGGUGGUCGUCGCCCUUGUGGCGGCGAUGCUCCUCGCGUCUCCUCGCCCCGCCAACGCCAUCCUCUGCGGUCCGGUGACCGGCGACUUCGUCAUCUUCUGCAUAAACUACGCUCGCCGCCCACCGGUCGACGACCCCCCAUCCUCGCGGUGCUGCAGGAGCAUCAAGGGGAUCGCCGACGCCGCACGGACGGCCAAAGAGAAGCUUACCGCGUGCGACUGUCUCCAGAGCAUGCUCAAGGGCAUCCGUGGGAUCAAUCCCGAAACCGCCGCCAGCAUCCCCUCCAAGUGCGGCGUCAGCUUCCCCUUCGCCAUCAGCACCUCCGUCCCCUGCCCUGACUUUUCGCUGAUGAUCAACCGGUCCCCUGCCCAUGCCGUUGAUGUCGCCUAGCUCCGCGGAUCAGUUGAUGUUGUAUCGCUUUUGUUUCCUUGUUCAUUCCCCUCUUUUCUCAGAGAUGGAGUUUGUUUGUUAUACUACCACGUGUCUAAUGCGAGUGUAGACGAACUAGUAAGUUGAGAAAUGCACGUGCAGCGGACAUUUCAUGCAUGCAUGUGCCGUUGAUUAUUUCUCAGUGUUUGCUUUGAUUAAGGUAUUCCCUGUGUUCACAAAUAAGUGUAUAUGUGGAUAUUUCAAGAUAAAUUGUGAAGUGGAGUAAAAAUUCAUUGGAAAGA